CCUCUUCCGUUUCGCUUCUUUUCUGAGGUUUUAUUAUUGUUGUAAAAGUUUUAUUACACCAUAUCAUUCGCGCGAAUAACCGAGAUUCCUCCCGGAAUCUUAUUUCCUCUGAAAGUGACAGGUGGAUUGUAGAAAACUGCAACGAGAGAAGAGCGAAGAUUAAAAAGGUCAAAAGCCGGAGAAAAUUUACAGUCAAUAAAGGGAGGGGGGGGGGGAUUAUGGAGCACUAAUGUCAAUUUUGUCUUAUGAGGUUCGUUCGUAUUGCGAUUAUUCUCCUCUCCUUUUGUUUCGAGCUGUGAUUGCGAUGUUUUUCGGGGUUUAGUGGGGUAGAGCAAUUAAUGGUAUUGCUUGGAUGGUAGAGACGUUUUUGACUUACUAUGAGCACACGAAGAAACAACAACGGCUUUUCCAAAGCUGAGAAAGUUUGUGGGCCGAAUUGGAUCUUAAUUGCAGGGGGUGCCUUGUUGAGCACUUUGUCCAUCCGCUUUGGCUGGAGACUUAGGCAGUCGUCUCUUGAUUUCAACCCUCAAAUUCAAUCCAAUGCCUCUCUUGGAUUCAAAGCUAAUGGAACAUCUGAGAGGGGAAUUUUUUUAGGUUGUUGUUUGCACUCCAGCAAAUCUUCAUGUGCACAUAAUGAUGAGUAUUGUUGCUUCCACUCCAUUCCAGGAACUGAGCAUGUCGAGGGGAAAGAGGAGACAAACGGGCACAUGAUAUCUGCAUCUGACACUUCACUGCCUCUUGUAACCCUUCCUGCUCCAUCAUACGGCAAAGAGAACGGGGUCAUGUGGACUUCUUCUCCUGAUCGCCUGGAACUUCCUCCGAAACCAUACAAUCACCAUUCCACCUGCUCGGAUUCACCUUGCGUGUCUGAAACCAGCUCAGACAUCUUCAGCAAACGAGAAGUAAUACAGAAACUGAGGCAACAGCUGAAGAGGCGCGACGACAUGAUACUUGAAAUGCAGGAACAGAAUCUAGUGCUGCAAAACUCGUACAACGCACAGAGGGCACACUCUAGCCAUCUCCAGGCACAGCUAGACUCGAUGAACAGAGAUCUGUUCGAAUCAGAAAGGGAAGUUGAGAGACUGAGAAAAGCAAUCGCUGAUCACAGCGUGGGAUGCACAGGUAGCAACGGCAAGACAUCUCCUGUUGCACCUUGGAGUAACGGGUUUAUGGAGAGCGAGAACAAUUAUGAGUCGCAGGAAAAGGGAUCAAGGGAUGGAGAGAGAAUAGAGAUGUUGAGAAAGGAAGUGGAGGAGCUUAAAGAAGUGAUAGAUGGAAAAGAGUAUCUACUAAGGAACUAUAAAGAGCAGAAGAAUGAGCUAUCACAGAAGGUGAAAGAGUUGCAGCAGAGAUUGGACUCGCAGUUCCCAAACAUACUGUAGGUUUAUGAGUUAGGGCAUUGUGCAUUCUUGCUAGUUGCUUCUCUUUCUUUUGGUUUUGGUAUUUUCUGCUUCUCUGAGAGAAAAUGAACGAUGUACUAAAGCUCAUCUUUGGAGUCUCUCACUCUGGAGAGAAUAAUUUUCAGGUUCUUCUCUCUCUGGCUUUAGCUUUGGUUUUGUAAUGUUUUGAUUUUGUUUCUGGUUGUGUCUUGUCUCUGUUUUGAAUGUAGAGGAAAGUAGUCGUUGAA